UGUGCCUGGGCGAGCAGCCGGAGCGGGCUAGGCUGGCCAGGCCUGGGAUGGCGGUGGCCCUGGCACCUGUCCCUUGGGCACCCUGGCGCGAGUUCCUGAGCUGGUGCCAGGUUGGUGGCACUUCCUGCAGCUCCCAGCAUGCAGGUGGGCCCAGGCCCCACCUUCACACUGGCCCUGGUGCUGGCAGUGGCACAGGCCAUGGACCUCAAGCCUACAGCACCGCCCAUCUUCACGGGCCGACCAUUUGUGGUGGCCUGGGACGUGCCCACACAGGACUGUGGUCCCCGGCACAAGGUGCCAUUAGACCUGAAGGCCUUCGAUGUGCAAGCCUCCCCGAAUGAGGGGUUUGUGAACCAGAACAUUACCAUCUUUUACCAUGAUCGCCUGGGCCUGUACCCGCGCUUCGACCUGGCUGGCCACUCAGUGCACGGUGGCGUGCCGCAGAAUGGCAGCCUCUGGGCGCACCUCAAAAUGCUGCAGCAGCGAGUAGAACACUACAUCCGUUCCCAGGAGCCUCCUGGCCUGGCCGUCAUCGACUGGGAGGACUGGCGGCCCGUGUGGGUGCGCAACUGGCAGGACAAAGACGUGUACCGCCGCUGGUCCCGCCAGCUAGGGGCCAGUCGGCACCCAGAUUGGCCAGCCGACCGCAUCGUGAAGCAGGCACAGUAUGAGUUCGAGUUCGCCGCUCGCUAGUUCAUGCUGGAGACGCUACGCUACGUCAAGGCAGUGCGGCCUCGGCACCUCUGGGGCUUCUACCUCUUUCCUGACUGCUACAACCACGAUUACGCGCAGAACCGGGAGAGCUAUACAGGCCGCUGCCCGGACGUUGAAGUGGCCUGCAACGACCAGCUGGCCUGGCUGUGGGCCGAGAGCACGGCCCUCUAUCCCUCUGUCUAUCUGGACGAGACCCUGGCCUCCUCUGUCCAAGGCCGCAACUUUGUCAGUUUCCGGGUUCAGGAGGCCCUGAGCGUGGCUCACACCCAUCAUGCCUCCCAUGCACUCCCCGUCUACGUCUUCACGCGCCCCACCUACAGUCGCUGACUCACUGGACUCAGCGAGUUGGACCUCAUUUCCACCAUUGGCGAGAGCGUGGCCCUGGGCGCAGCCGGGGUCAUCCUGUGGGGUGACGCAGGCUACACCACAAGCACGGAGACCUGCCAGUACCUCAAGGAUUACCUGACACAACUGUUGGUCCCAUAUGUGGUCAACGUGUCCUGGGCCACCCAGUAUUGCAGCACGGCCCGGUGCCAUGACCAUGGGCGCUGCUUGCAUCGCAACCCCAACGCCAAUACCUUCUUGCACCUCAGCACUAGCAGCUUCUGCCUAGUGCCUGGCCAUGAACCUGGCGAGCCCCAGCUGAGACCCGAGGGGUAGCUCAGCAGGGCUGACCUUGACCACCUGCAGAAGCACUUUCGCUGUCAGUGCUACUUGGGCUGGGGUGGCGAGCAAUGCCAGCAAGACAAUAGGCAAGUGGCUGGGGGUGCCGUGGAGGCCUGGGCUGGGUCCUACCUCAGCAGCCUGCUGGCCCUGGCAGUCCUGGUCCUCCCCUGGACCUUGUAGUGUAGGAGUGGCUCUCCCUCCUGGCAGCCAAGUAAGCUG